CAACAUCGCUCUCGUUCAAUUUGGAACAAUAAUCCGGAAUCACUUAUUCCCAUCAGUCAUCGAGGGACAUGUCGAUUGCCCCGUUGGCAUCCUCGACUGCAUCCCUAUCUAGAGAGGGCGGGAUUGCACAAUUUGAGGCACUUUAUGAGGCUUGAUAUUGACAACGAUCUGCUGACGGCAAUGGCAGAGCGAUGGCGCCCUGAGCUGCAUACCUUCCACUUUCCCGAGGGUGAAAUGACGAUCACCCUCAAAGAUGUUGCCAUCCUCACCGGGCUCCCGAUCACCGGA